AUGGCAGAUGUACGUGAAAAAACCGCGAGGGAGAUCGAGAAGAUGAAUGAGUCCAUCCUUUUAGAAAUGGAGUUGAAUUUGCAACAACGAGUUUGUAUUAAAUUUUGCGUUAAAAAUGGAUUCAAUGGUGCGAAAACCUUGGAAAUGUUGAGAAACUGUUUCGGCAGUGAUGCUGUAAAGAAAACAACCGUUUAUGAGUGGCAUGAACGCUUCAGAAGUAGUCGUGAAUCCGUCGUGAAUCCGUCGAGGAUGACGAACGCAGUGGCAAGCCGUCAACAUCGAAAACCGACGAAAACAUCAAUAAACCGAAAGAAGGUAAUGGAAAAAUCGAAGAUGGCUCUGAUGGCUAUACCGACAAUAGAGUUCCAGAAAUGUUUCGAGAGCUGGAUUAAGCGCUGGCAUAAGUGCGUUGCAAUCGAUGGGGAGUACUUUGAAGGGGACAAUAUCACUUUUGAUAAAUAA